GCAGCAGCAGCAUGAGGCAGAGCGGGGGUAUUCUAGAGGAGGUGGGGUCUGUCCCAUGUGUCGACUGCCUGAUGGAGAGGAGAGGGGCACAGCGCAGUGUGCUAGGAAUGACAUCCUUGGACAGUUAAAAUCAUGGACCGAUCAAACAUGUGACUGACCUCCAACUCCGAGUGACUUGUGGUGGAGUUUGCAGACCCUCACCAUGGUCUCUCUGUGGAAUAUUUAUUCUCUUGUUCUUCUCUCCUUGCUUCUGUCACUCCUUGUCAAAGCGUUAAAUGGAGAAAAUGUUGAAAAGACACAAGAUCCUGGCAUUCGCCCAACAGUGUGGUUCCUCCGACAGCGCUUGCAGAGGCCUGAUAGAUCUGAUUCACUCCCCAUGGGUAAUCCCAUCACCGGACCAGAGAGUGACAGAAUGGGUCAACCUUUGAGCUGGAUCUUAUCAUCAUCAGAGGAGCAUGACGGACAGGGUGUGAUCGGUGAAUACAGUGAUCUACAGGAGAGCACCGAGACAUCUGUUCUAUACAAUCAGAGAGCCACAGAAGACGCAACAUCUGAGUGGAGUAAACAAACGACAAGGUCUUCACCAUCUGACUCCCAUCAUGAACAAACAAAGUAUCAGUCAGCUGAACCCACCACCGCAACCUCGCUUUUGCAUCCUCCACAGACGGGAGAGAGUCGGCUAGUAUUUCCAACCAUCCAAAAUAAGAUGACUGAUAGCCAGUUUCCUUUUCGUCUGUCUGGCUCAGUAAAAUCAAACAAGCAGGAUUCAUUGCAGCCUGCUGGACAUGGUCCGAGCACAGAGCACCCUACUGCUGCACAACCCACUGACAGUUUGGGGUUGACCACAGGCAUCUCUUUUACCACAAAGGGAAAAAUAGAUGGGAUAACCAUUGCUGCAGAUAAUAUUUUAUAUCAAGGAACUGUCAGCAGGCAGCCUGGCAAAGUUCCCCUCUACGAGGACCUACUCUGCCCCAAAUGCGUGUUUCAGAUUCUCCCAUCCUCUCCUCUCAUGAUUCCUUGUGCCAGGCAUCUUUGGUUUGCCGAGAGUGUCCUAUGUGUCUUCAAGCCUUUCCCUAAACUCUCCUAG